CACGAAAUAAAUUAAAUUUAUAGUAUUUUUAUAUUAAAUAUUUUUUGUGUGUAGAUGAUUAAUUUUCAAAGCAUUAAAUGUUUAUUGUGAAUAUUGUCUAAAUUUUAUGAUAUAGAAUCUGCAUUGUGGAACAUUAAAAACAGUACAUGUAUCCACACUUCGGUGUGUGUAUAUUAGAUGCUUUGAUAACAUCUUCAGUACAAAAUAACUAUAGUUAAAGCUCUCAGUAUUAUCAAUAUAAACUAAAAACAAUGAGCUUUAACCGAUUUUUAAUAAUAAAUGAGUAUUUUUUGUAUAUAUGUGCAAUAAACUAUUUUUUUUUAUCUAUAGUAUUAGGUGAAAGUGAACCAAUAUAUGAUGGUAGAUUUCAAAUGAUAAUGACAUCUAUGAAACCUGAAAAUGCAAUACCAUCACAAACCAAGGAUAACCUUGGUUUUCUACAUGCAUUUGUAGCAUCUUUAUCUGUCAUCGUUGUUUCUGAGUUGGGAGACAAAACUUUCUUUAUUGCUGCUAUUAUGGCAAUGAAACAUCCAAGAUUGACAGUUUUUAUAGGAGCAAUUAGUGCUUUAGCUUUAAUGACUCUUCUUUCAGUAAUUUUUGGAUAUGCUGCAACUAUAAUUCCUAGUGUUUAUACAUAUUAUAUUUCUACUGCACUUUUUGCUUUAUUUGGCUUAAAAAUGUUACGAGAUGGUUAUAAAAUGUCUGCAACUGAAGGACAAGAGGAAUUAGAAGAAGUACAAUCAGACUUAAGAAAGCGAGAAGAUGAGUAUGAAAAAGAAACAGGAAGCACUUUAGUACAAGAUCCAGAAACUGGUGUUAUAAGGAAAGCAACAAAAAUUAGUGCACUGAUGCUCCUAUCUAGGAUAUUUCUUCAAGCAUUUACGUUAACAUUUCUUGCAGAAUGGGGUGAUCGUUCACAACUUACAACUAUUAUACUUGCAGCAAGAGAGGAUGUUUAUGGAGUUGUAAUAGGUGGAAUAUUGGGACACUCAUUUUGCACAGGAUUGGCAGUAUUAGGAGGACGAAUGAUAGCUCAAAAAAUUUCAGUGAGAACAGUGACCAUAAUUGGUGGAUUGGUAUUUCUACUAUUUGCUUUAACAGCACUUUUUAUUAGUCCUACGGAAGAUGUAUGAAAAUAAUAUACAGUAUUUAUGUAGCUAUAUGUCAUGAAAUAUAUUUUGCUAUAAGAUAAUGUACAUAUUUUUUCUAUUUGUGUACAGACUGUUAUGAAAUAGUAAAAAUCAUAAUGUACA